AUGAUAUCCACCACCGUCCAGUCCCGAACCCAUGUGUACCGGCAGGCUGUCAAGCUAGCACGAUCUGCUAACCUUGCUGUUGCCGGAUCACCACUUGGUCUCAGACUCGCCUGCGUUGGCCCAGCCCAGCAUCACCACAUAAUCGCCUCGCCGCGACCCUUCUCCACGACACCCAAGAACCACCUCCGAGACUUUUUCCCCGCCAAGGACACGCCGCACAUUCAAACAACAAAGGCAGCAUGGCCGCAUCCUGGGUAUACCCUGGAAGAGAUGGUGGCUGUCGAGCCCGCCCAUCGCGAGCCCCGAAACUUUAGUGACUGGGCCGCCUGGAAGAUUGUUCGCUUCGCGCGUUUCUGGAUGGACAAGGCGACGGGCAUGGGCAGGGACCAGCAAGUUGAUAAAAAGCACCCCACCACAUCUGUGGUGGCAGAGAAGCCACUGACCGAAGCACAAUGGCUUGUCCGAUUUGUCUUCCUCGAGAGUAUCGCCGGCGUUCCAGGAAUGGUGGGCGGCAUGCUGCGUCAUCUCAGCAGCCUCAGGCGCAUGAAGCGCGACAACGGGUGGAUUGAGACCUUGCUCGAGGAGAGCUACAACGAAAGAAUGCAUUUGUUAACAUUCAUGAAGAUGUGCGAGCCCGGCUGGUUCAUGAAGCUCAUGAUCAUUGGAGCCCAGGGCGUCUUCUUCAACGCACUCUUCAUCACAUAUCUCCUCCAUCCCCGGAUCGUCCACCGGUUCGUCGGAUACCUCGAAGAGGAAGCUGUGCACACAUACACCCGGGCUAUUCGUGAAAUCGAGGACGGCCACCUCCCAAAGUGGGCUGAUCCAAAGUUUCAAAUCCCGGAUAUUGCUGUCCAGUACUGGAACAUGCCGGAAGGGAACCGCACGAUGAAAGACCUCAUCUUGUACAUUCGCGCAGAUGAAGCCGGUCAUCGUGGAGUCAACCACACCCUUGGGAACCUUAACCAGAAGGAGGACCCUAAUCCGUUCGUCAGCACCUUCAAGGACAGAGAAGCGCCUAAACCGGCCUUGAAGGCCACCGGGUACGAGCGAUCUGAUGUCAUUUGA